CACUUCCUUUUUCGGAUGUCCCAGCCAAGUCAUAUUUGGGCCCAGAGGGAGAAGUCUCCAUGUAGUAGAACUGUAACUACUCUACCACCUGCUUCAUCUUCAGACAGUGAUUCUGGCUGUGCCCUGGAAGAUUAUCCAGGUCCAACCACUGAAUUUCCUCCAUCAGAGCCAGUAUUACAAAGCAGUAGCUCUUGUUCAUCAGCUGUUGUCCCUGCUGCUAUUCACAAUCAGCUCCGUAUCAAAAUUCUCCUCUACCAGCUGCCUCCACAAGACUGCAAUGAGAAAUAUUGCCCAUUCAUCGGUGAACAGGAAAGAAAGCAACUCCGUACCUUUGCUGCAUGGAGGCGACAGGAAUCGCUGGGACAGGGAGUUUUACGUCAUCUGCCUCUCACAGCUCACGAGUACUUAUGCAGAAAUUGUGAUAAGAAUAUAAUCAGAGGAGACCAGGGUGUGUAUGCCUCUAAGUUAGGCGAACAGUGCUGGUGGCAUCCUACGUGUUUUGUCUGCCACAUUUGCCAGCAACCACUCAUAGAUCUAAUUUACUUCCAUCGAAAUGAGAAGAUUUUUUGUGGUCGGCACCAUGCAGAAUUUUUCCACCCUCGCUGUGCUUCAUGUGAUCAGCUGAUCUUCACCUCCGAGUGCGUGGAGGCAGAAGGCAUGCGCUGGCAUGAAGAACACUUUUGCUGUCUCGAGUGUGACUUGCCCCUGCGGAUUCAGCAAUAUGUGAUGAAGGGUGGACAACCCUGCUGCUGUGCUUGCUUUGAGAGUCUUUAUGCAGAUAUCUGUCAAGCCUGCGGAGAGAUUGUUGGCCUCAACAGUAAACAGAUCGUACUACAAGGUCAACACUGGCACAGCGAAGCCUCGUGUUUCUGUUGCAGCCUUUGCCGUAAAGCACUGCUGGGUCAGCCGAUCACCAUUCACCAUGGUCUUCUCUUCUGCUCUGAGGCCUGUAGUUUGGAAAAGGAAUCAGCUUUGUCUUCCAGUGGCUCGGAUUCCUCUGACUCUGCUUUCAUCUCUGCUCCAUCCCCCGACUCCACCCCAAUUUCAAGAGGUAGAAACAGCAGCCCUGACUGCUCCUCUGAAACUGCGAGAACUCAAAGAGAUGGCUGUGGGGAAAGGGGAGGUGCACUUGUGACUGAAAGGCUUCACUCAUGUGGGAAUCCCUCAGUGUAUGCUGAGUUUGACAGCCAAGAGGAAUCAGUUUCUUUCAGAAACAGAACUAUCACCCCACAGCUUCAUGUAUUUGAGUCCGUGACUGUUUCACCUCAAGAGGAUGUACGAAUCUCCAUCUCUCAUCCCAUGGACACAGCUUGGAGCACCACAGUUGUGAGGGAUAAUCACAAUUUAAAAACAUAUUUUCAAGAAACAUCUCGGCAACAAGCAGACUUCCACUUCAAAAGCAGACCCUCUGUAACCUCACAGGCAUCUGUAUUAAUUAUGGAUUUUCCACACAGAUUGCAUGAAGGCAGCAAUGGGGAACAGGAAGCUACUAUGGAACAAGAUGAUGCCAAGUACCUCACUUGCUCAUCCUCAUCCUCUUCUGACUCUGAGCCAGAAGGUUUCUUCUUUGGGAAGCCAAUUCCAAAGCCUGGUUCCAGAUGCAUAGCUUUCACCAACAUGGAGCAGGAAACAUUUGGGAAAGGAAUGGGGUGGGCUGCCAGAGCAAGAGCCAAUAGCAAACACUGUAGUAUAUCCUAG